CAGAGACUACGGUCCCAUCGCAAAGAGAGUCUUCGUACGACAACAGGAGCAUGUCUGGCUGUUUGAUCCCGAAGACGUGGCCACCGUAUUCCGAGCCGACUCAAAAUAUCCAAGAAGAUUCGAUGUCCCGCUUAUCGAUAACUUUUACGCUCGCAGAUCUAAAGAGCCCGGAGUUUUCUUUCUCAACGGUGAAAAGUGGCACAAGCACAAAUCGCUCAUGUCCAAGAAGAUGUUGCGCCCAUUGGAAGUGAACCAGUAUAUUCCAAGAAUAAACUGCAUUGCUUCAGAAAUGGUUGAGCGUAUUUCAAAAGUAAGGGACAGCAAUACCUUUGAAGUUGAUGAAAUUGAUAUGGAGCUCUUCAAAUGGUCGUUUGAAACGGUGGCGGAUUUUCUGUUUGAUCGUCGAUUUUAUGCGCUAAGCGACAGUCCGCCAGAAAGGGCUACGAAUUUCAUCAAGGCAGUUGGUCGUUUCCUUGAUUCCAUUUCAGUGGCCUCUUUCACGCCUCCUCGUUUCUAUAAAUAUUACAAAACGAAGGCAUUCAAGGAUUUUGAUCACAAUUUUAUGCUAUUGUAUAAAUUUGCAGAGGAACUUAUCGAAGAGAAGCUGUCAGACAUUGCCAAGCGAAGGGAACGUGGAGAGGAUAUCGAUACUAGGAACGAACUCAUACCAUUUUUGCUGUCUUCUGAUAGGAUAUCAGAGGACGAGGUUGGGUCGAGUAUAGUGGACACGUUGUUUGCAGGCGUAGACACGACGUCCAACACGAUGCAGUGGAUGCUGUACUUGAUUGCUAAAAACCCGCACGCGCAAUCUCGUAUCAGAGAAGAGAUUUCAAGAGUUCUGCCGCAAGGACAAGAGCCAACCGCUGAAUCACUUCAACAGCUGAGCUUGGUGAAAGCUGCUGUGAAGGAGACAUUACGUCUCUACCCGGUCCUUAUUUUAACAAGCCGAGUUCUGGAGCACGAUGUCGUUUUGUCCGGAUACCACGUACCUGCAAACACUAAGUUAACGUUUAUGCACCAUGCUAUGGGCCGCAGUGAGGAUUAUUUUGAGAAUGCAAAAGAAUUUGUCCCAGAACGAUGGCUCAGGAUGGAGUCUGCUACAAAACAUUCCGCUUAUGCUUCGAUACCGUUCGGGCACGGGGUCCGCAUGUGUCUCGGUCGUCGCUUAGCGGAACUUGAGCUUCAGAUACUGCUUAUCAAGAUAUUGAACCGGUACACAUUGGAAAUACCGCCUGGGCAUGUCGUUGAUAACUAUUUCCGAGGUGUGAACAUUCCGGACAAACCAAUCCGGGUUAAGUUUGUUGAGAGAAAGAUCGAACAACGAUAGAUGCUACGCUGCCCAUUAUGCACUUUUUAAAUUGAAUAUUUAAAAAUGGAAGUUUCGAAAAUGUGUAUUUUUAAAUUGCUUUUAUGAUAUUUUUAUCCUCUUUGAUAAAAUUACGCAUUAUUUAUCCGAUUAUUAUUCUAUUUUUCAUUCAACUUACAAUCGCUUAAAUUGCGAAAUGUAUUAAUAUUCAUUCGUUAGCGAGAGUUUUUAAGCAGACCACGCGAUUUACUUGCUCCAAUGAUCUUUUAAAUCCAUGCUAGGAGAAC